UCCUCUCACUCUAUAUAUUUGAUUAUUAUCUAGGUUCAUCUUUAUCGCUUUAAAAAAUUGACAGCACUCACAUAUCCAUUAAUAUGAAGCUAUUGUGUUUUCUAGCAAUUCUUGUUUUCGGGGUCACCUUGUGCUCUAGUCCUUGCUUAGCACAUAACACUCAAGGAGAUGGAUCGAUCCAAAGUAUUGACCCUUUUAUCUUCGUAUCAAAAACCACCUCCUGUAAUGACCUUGCACUAGGAUCCUCGGUAGAAAUCGUUACCACUGUGUAUAAUUAUGGCCAGAGCCCAGCCUUUGAUGUGGUCAUCACCGACAUGUUAGAAAACGGCACUAUAAAGGAGAAGAGGGUGGACUCGAUCCCCUACAAUGGAUCCGAGACUUUGCGCUACCACAUCCAGCCCUCUAAGCUAGGGGAAUACCCCGUUGGCCUCGCGACUGUCCGGUAUAAUCUGGAACAGGGCGAUAACACGACGUCACAAACAGCGCUCAGCAAUCUGAUACGUGAAGGUGAUGCGUACUACAUGGGUGAAGACGUUGAUGAUGAAUCUUUCCGCGGUAGGCUGUCAGUGCUCACACGCGAACGGUACGAUCGCCUGCACGCACGCUUUAUCAAAGAGACAACGGCGUACAUUUUUCUCGGAUGCAUUCCCACAAUCUUCCCCUACGUCCUCUAUCAUGUAAAGCAGUCCAUGAUUGUUGAAAUACUCCGACGUUCGAAGCGAAGCCGGUGAAUGUAUCUGAAGGGAUUAUAGGGUAGCAUGUAUUCGCGCUUUAACAAGCAAAUCUGAUGAAAUCUAACAAAAAAUCGUCGUGAAAGCCAGUAAAUUCUGAAGUGGGCUUUCUUUUUGAAUUUCGCACAAAAAGCUGGGCUAAAGUGUGAGACUUCUGUUUUCUGAAUAAGCUUGACGGUUGUGGUUGGCUUUAACAUUUAAUGCAGAGGGGGGAUAAAGAUAAGUGUGAUGGGGCAAAUGCGGCAGCGAGGAGAGUGUGGUGGUGGUAUUUGGUAUAUUAAUUGCUAUGUCAUUUGCUUUUUUAUUGGGCUACAGGAAGGGUUUUAAUAUGCAUGGGUGUAUAUAUAAAGUGACGUUGUGUUUUGAUCAAUAAUGAAGUAAAUAUACCAGGUAAUGUGCUUCAUCUUGUCCGUUUGUUAAUUCACGGAUAAAGCGAAAA